AUGAAUUAUACAAGUUAUAUCUUGGCUUUUCAGCUCUGCAUCCUUUUGAGUUCUUCUAGCUGUUACUGCCAGGCGACAUUUUUAAAAGAAAUAGACAACCUAAAGGAAUAUUUUAAUGCAAGUAAUCCAGAUGUAGCAGAUGGUGGUCCUCUUUUCUUAGAUAUUCUGAAGAAUUGGAAAGAGGAGAGUGACAAAAAAAUAAUUCAGAGCCAAAUCGUCUCCUUCUACUUCAAACUCUUUGAAAACUUGAAAGGCAAUCAGGUCAUCCAACAGAGUGUGAAUACCAUCAAGGAAGACAUGUUUGCUAAGUUCUUCAAUGGCAGCUCCAGCAAACGGGAGGACUUCAAAAAGCUGACUCAAAUUCAGGUAAAUGACCUGCAGGUCCAGCGCAAAGCGAUAAAGGAACUCUUCACAGUGAUGACUGAUCUGUCACCAAAAUCUAACCUAAGGAAGAGAAAAAGGAGUCAGAUGCUGUUUCGAGGCCGGAGAGCAUCUUAA